AUGAUGGAAAAACUCCGAAAACAACUUCAUAUUGGUGAUGUAUUUUUCCGUGAUAUACUAACAGAAUUUUUCUGUACUGCGCUUUUGCUGUUCUGGGGUGAUUCAACGGUAGCUCAAUUCGUUAUCUCAAAAAGGCAAACAGAUGAGUGGACAUCGCUAACGAUAUCUUGGGGUAUUGGACUAUGGUUAUGUGUACAAAUGAGCUAUCGUACGUCAGGAGGUCACCUGAAUCCUGCGGUAUCAUUCUUUCUAUUCACACAAAGAAAAAUUAGUUUUGUAAAGUUCAUAGUGUUUUCAAUAACGCAGAUUGCCGGUGCAUUUGUUGGAGCUCUGGGAGUAUUCGUCAUGUAUUACGAGGGAAUCAAUGAUUUCGAUCAUGGAACACGACAUGUGACAGGACCA